AUGGACAUCUACUUCACCGAGCAGAAGACGCUGCUGCCGCUCGUAGAACUGGCUCCACAGCCUAUGCCGCCGCGCAGGAGCUUCACAUCACAUCAACGCGAGCUCAUUGAAUCCUGUGCACUCGCUUUGAUCCUGAUCCUCGCAGCAUCACAGUGCCUCAUCCUUCACGAAAUCCACAGCCUACCGUACGCCAUUCCAUCGAGCACGCUAUGCAUCUUCCUCACCAACCUUGCUGCCGGGCUGCGGCUCUCGAUACCCGCGGGCUUACCUACCGCAACACUCUUGUUUAUCGCAUCGCCAUAUGUCUCGCGAUCAGAGCUGAUCCCCACGAUGUGGUACCUGAUUCUGCUUUGCUAUCUCGUUGGCUCGACGUUGGGCGCGCUGUUGCUGGUGUGGGUCGCGGAGGUCUAA